AUGGAGGUCAAUACGCUAUCGUCACGUCCGAGCAAUCGCUUAUGUGCGUUGGCCUCCGACAAUGCUUCAAUGUUUGUUAUGUGGGGGUUGUGGUUAUGUGUGGUGGUCAAUUGGCCGAGCGGUCUAAGGCGCCAGUUUAAGGCACUGGUCCGAAAGGGCGUGGGUUCGAAUCCCACAUUGGCCAAUUCCUUCUUUCAUCUGUCGAUAGCUCGUUCAUAUCCGCUUAUGCGCGAGAACAAACCGCUCGUUGUACCAAGUGUUGAUGAUUGA